AAGAGUUAUCCUCGUCGUGCAGGGUAUCGCUGGGCGGGAGAUUCCAGGAGCUGAAUAUCCAACAGGGUCUGUUGCUGGGCGGUCUGGGCGACUACAACAAACUCUUCCUGGGUCUGCUAGACCCCUACAGAGGCUGUCUUCAGCAGGUGUCGUACAAUGGAGUGUCGGUGCUACAACGAGCGCGGGACCCCGCGUCUGGCAGCUCAGUGCACGCCGUGGAGUGGCGGUGUUCGGACGUGUUUGCUGCGACGCCCGACAGCGCCGUAUCCUUCGUCGCCCCAAAUUCCUUCGUCUCCUUCGUCAGGAACUUCCCAAGGAAGGGCGCCACCAUCACCUUCCAAAUGAAGACCCAAGGGCAGGACUGUGUGAUUUUCUACGCCACAGGUCCACCUUCCAGGUCAGACCUUGUAGCCCUGGAGCUCAGCAGCGGCUGCCUCCGCCUCACCCUGGACCUUGGAGACGGCGCCGUGGUGCUGAACAGCUCGCUGCGGGUCUCGCCAGGCUCGUGGCACGCCGUCUCGGCCCUCGUCUCGCCCUCGUCUCUCGCCCUCGUGCUGGACGAGCAGCGCGAGACUCGCCCGUCGCCCACGGGCGCCAACAAGUACGUGGACGUGACGGGCGACCUGCACGUGGGCGGUGUCGCCCCUGGGCGACGGGCGAGGGCGACACGCCAGGGAAUCAGCGUUAACAGCCUGGUGGGGUGCGUGCGGGGGGUGCAGCUGGAGGGGGUGACGCUGGGGCUGCACAACGCUGCCGUGUCAGCGAGCGUGGCCGUGGGCUGCUCCAUGUCCGCCCCCUGCACCGCCCACCCCUGCAUCCCUGGGGCAGCCUGUCUACAGACCGGCCUGCAUUCAUACAACUAUUGCAGCUAUUUGUUUUUUUUUUCUCACUCGGAAAAAUUGCAAAAUUUUGUCCAAAUAACGAUGCACUUCUUACCCUUUAUGGGUCAUAUUGACCCAGCUUUGCCCGGCAAAAGGACGUAUCGUAUAACACAUGCAGAAUUUUUGUCAAUAUUUGGACAAUAUUACUCAAUUAUUUGUCUCGUAUGGCAGGUAAUGAAGCUGAACCCGGUGAUGGUGGACGAGGGUAAGGAGGUCAUCAUUUCGCUGCACCAUCUCAUGAUCACCUUGGAUUACUCGAAGUUCGGCAUCCGGAAGAGCGGAAUCAUUUUUCACGUGACCCGUCAGCCUCCGCACGGCACGAUCCUCCUCAGACCGUCCGACCGCAAUGACACGUCCCGGGACACUGACUAUCCAAACCCGGCGCAGGCGAGCGCGCGCAGCAAGCGUGACGUCAUCAUGAACAUUGAUGACGUCAUAGUGCCCCCUGAUGACGUCAUGCACCAUUACGAUGUGAUGAUGCCUUCUAUUGACGUUAUGGAGCUUUUUGAUGACGUCAUGCGCCAUGAUGACGUUGCGAUGGCUCUCAAUGACGUCAGAAGGUCCCUUGUUGACCGACCUUUUCAUGACGCCAUGGGACCUUUUGAUGACGUCAUGGGACCGGUUGAUGACGUCAUGGAGCCCCUUGAUGACAUCAUGAUGCCCGUUAAUGACGUCAUGAUGACCUUUGAUGACGUAAACAUGUCCUCCCAUGACGCGGCCGUUGCUUCACGUGACAUUAUGCAUUCUUAUGUAUCUCCUAUAACAAAAAUCAACUACGUACCGAACCAUGAAAUAUUUCACGAAUCUUUGCCUCACGACGUCGUGCAAAACACGCACAAAAACCCACGCACGCGCGAUAAUUUCGUACGCCACGACCGCGUCACGCGUUCACGGAGGAAGGCGCCGGGCGUUCACGACACGCUCGUAUCGUUCACGCUGCACGACGUAGAGCGUUCUAGCGUGCGUUACCAGCAUGACGGUACGGAGACGCAGCGUGACUCGGCACUUCUGCAGCUGCAGCUCAUCACGCAGCCUGGAUACUUGCUGCCGGCCUAUCUGCAGCUGCGCCACGAACUCGUGUUGCCGGUUGCCAUCUCGCCCGUCAACGACGCCCCGUCACUGGAGUUGCCAGAGGGGCCGACAGUGAGGGGCGUGAGGGGUGCCACUCUGCCCCUCACCACGGCACUCAUCACAGCCCGCGACCCCGACACUCCUGACUCACAUUUGAUGAUAACAGUUCUCGGCCACAAAGGAGGGUACAUAUCAAGCAAAAACGUACCUGCAGGCCAGCAAGUAACGUCCUUCACUCAAGAGGAUCUCGUCGAUGGCAAAAUAUUUUACGUCAGUACUACGUCUGAAGACUCAAGACUUCUGUUCAAGGCCAGUGACGGUGAAAGUUCCAGUGUCCCUGUGGUCUUACGAAUAUCGACUUACGAACUGCAAGUGUACCUAGUGAACAAUACGGGCAUCAAGAUCGUACAUGGUUCUUCGACGGUUAUAAUGCCUACGAAUUUGUCGUGUUCAUCGAACAGCGAAGGCCAGAAUAUUUCUUUGCUAUACCUAAUCACGAGGAAACCGAAAUUUGGAACUUUGCAGGUCCAAGACAGCGAAGGGAAAUGGAAUGACGUUUUGCAAUUCAGUGAAGAAGAAAUACUGGGUCACAAAGUCCGUUACACGCACCAGAAAGACAAACCGAAGCUUGACGGGUUUCAUUUCAAAAUUUCAGCUGUCGGAAAAUCUUUUCCCGAAGAGUACCUCUUCGCCAUUUCCUUUAUCAGCGUCAGCGUUGAGGUGGUCAGGAAUGCAGAACUCGUCAUGACGGCCAUAAUGGAAAGUUUUAUUUCUGAAGGAUAUUUAUACGCUGUUACUCACCCUAAACCUAGUCCCCGUUCAGAGAUUGUUUAUACAAUUGUAACUCUACCAAAGUUUGGAGGCAUUUAUUUAAGCACGGGGGAUCUCAUAUAUCAAAGGAGGCUAUCAACCAACACUAACUUCACCCAAGAUGACGUAACCAAAGGACGUUUAAAGUACAAGCUGAAUUACGUAACAUAUUCGGAUUUCUAUGAUUCAUUUCUUUUCAGAGUUGCGAGCAAUCUGCAUGAAAGUAGGGAAGAGGUCUUCAAAAUCUCGUACAAAGCGCCCCCUUUUGAUGGCGUGGUGACUCAGCAGUCUCUGGUAUUGAGGGAGGGCUCUUACAAAGCAAUUAAUGGUAGCAAUAUCCGCGUUACUGGUCCUAGCUUCAAACGGGUAAUAUAUAGCGUUAUUAAAUCUCCAGAACACGGCCUUCUUUAUGUUGCUGAACGCAACACCCGGAGUAUUGUACGUCAUAAUGCAACGUUUUUCUCUGGUGAGGAAAUAGACUCGAACGCCCUUUUCUACCAGCACGACGACUCGGAGAACUUCCGCGAUAACCUACAAUUCAUCGCCAUAUCGGAAGACGCUAGGCCAAACUUCCAGAUUGUAGGCUCUUUGAAAAUUGAAGUUAUUCCUCAAAACGAUAAUGCACCAGUCAGCUUAGUAAAAAAAGUCCUGAACGUGGUCGAGGAGAAUUCCAGAACUAUUACGCCGGACGAUGUUCAGUACUUUGAUCUUGACCUGGCGACUUCCCCCAUGCAAAUCCAGUUCACGAACAUUAAUGUAGAUAGCGGUUACUUCUUCAACAUCAACGCUGCAUCGACGCCCAUAGAACGGUUUAGUCAACAAGAUAUCAACGAUCAUGUAGUUAGGUUCCAGCACAAAUCCAAACCGUACUCCAAUGCCAGGUUCACCGUAACCGACGGACUGCUAUCUUCAGACGACGAACUAGAAAUCGUCGCGGCUGAACCAUACCUUGAAAUUGUUAACAAUUCCGGCAUCAUCGUUGCCCGGGGUAGUCAAACGCUCAUCACAUCUUGGAACUUGAGCGCCAUAACAAACUUGGACACUUGGUUACACAAACUUGUGUACACCGUGGUUGAUGGACCUAAGUACGGCGUAUUGAAACUACACACCAACGACCAAGUGCGGGCGGUUGACAGACAUGGUGGUAGUUUGACGUUCACUGCAGACGAUCUGAGGUUGGGACGUUUGUUCUACCGACACGAUGGUUCUGCUCCGGAAAAAGAUGCAUUCAAGUUCACGGUGGAAGUUCUGCACAUCAGCACGGGAGGAGUUUUGGAUAUCAACGUAUUUCCUACUUCGUACUGGGAACCAUUCCAUUACCACGCCUCUGUCAGCCUCUCUGUCGAGGAGCUGUCAAAAGCUACCCUGUCUCCCGUCCAUCUGUCCCUCCAUCACCCGUCUGUCCCUGCCCGUCACGUCCGUUAUACCGUCACCCACCCACCCGUCAACGGGGUGCUUACCGUCACUCGUGCAGGAAAGAUGAGCAAGGCCAUAUGGUUCACGGCAGAGGAGGUGCGACGCGGCGUCGUUGAGUACAGCGCGACGCGCCGCAACGUAACACGUGACGUCAUCAGUUACGUCGUCAGUAACGGCGUCACUGCGUCACCGCAACUCCACUGUAACAUUCAGAUCACCCGGCGCCGGCCGAUGGUCGCAGGCGGGACCUUCAGCGUGCGGGAAGGCCACACGCGCCCUGUACCGCAGUCUGUCCUGCGAAAACUCACGAGUUUGCCCGUAGAGUUUUCUCAAGAUAAAAUCUCUUUCAUAGAAAACCAUCCAGCCUCGAAGUUUGAUGGGAGACCGCAAUAUUCCUCUUCCAAAAAUAAUUCAAUAGUCAACCCUGCCACACCGGAUACUUCAUUGGGAGUUAAUACGUUGAAUUCAACGCCAAGAUUCGACGUUACAACGAUUGAUUCUACUUCCGGUUUUGACGUUCCAAUAAACGAAGCAAAGUUUCACAGCCCAAAUGUAGGAAAACUUCUGCCAUUCUUCAGCGAAGAAGCACUGCAUUAUGAAGGAAAUUCAAUUCUUUUCAACCCGGACUUUGAACAGACUUCGCGGUACGACAGCGAUUCAGUAUUAGGUUUCAACGACAGAAACAUUAUGGCGAAAAUUUCAGAUAAUCGAGCAAUGCAUAUUGAAGAUACUGACAACGACGUAAAUAAUCGGUAUUACAGAAAUUCCACUGAAAUUCCGAGCGACAGCCUAUGGACAAAUAUUCUUGUACGUAACGAGCCCAAUGACCUGAACUCAUCAAGUUUGCAAAAAUGGAAAUUCUUCGAGAAGUUUGAAGUGGUGAAACCCCCUAAAGAGGGAAAGUUGAAACUUGAUUCUCGACCUCAACUUGCCGUUUCAACUCUAACUCGAGCUGAACUUGAACACGGGGAGCUUCUG